AUGCAUUUUAUGUUGGCGAAUUUGAAGGUCGUGUAUGUUCUGAGUACUCCCAUGCCCGAGGCUGUUGAGAAUGAAACUCUGGAACAAACGAGGAGGCGGAUGAAGUGGGAGAACGAAGACUACAUAUGUCGUGGUCACAUCUUAAACCGUAUGUCUGAUUCCGUAUUUGAUGUGUAUCAAAACGUAGAGUCUGCUAAAGAAUUGUGGGAUUCCCUCGAAGCCAAAUAUAUGGCAGAAGAUGCCUCUAGCAAUAUUAUCGAUAAACUGUCACCCUCCUGGAAGGAUUUUAAAAAUAAUCUGAAACAUAAGAAGGAGGAGUUGAAUCUGGCCAAACUUGGAAGUGACUUCCAAAUCGAACAGUCCAUACGUUAUAUUGAAAAAGGCUCUGUUGGUAAUGGAAAACAAUCAGAUUCUGAGCUAUCAUAUCACCUUAACAACCAUGGGGAAUCUGCCAUUUAUCUGGUAGCUAAAGCUGGUCUCGUGGAACGCGUCUCUUCGUUUCUGGAGAAGUGCAUGGACGAGAGCCGCCUGAAUCUGCUUUUCGAGAGUAAUUUUUUCAUUGAAUCAGAAUAUAUGAGGGAUGUGAAGAAGGGGAAUAAAUCUCACCGUCAAGCAGUUAUUGAGAAGAAGGAGAAUAAAUCUCCCAUUAAAGCAGCAAUUGAGAGGAAGGACAUAGGUAUGUAUUCAAUAAUAAUGAUUCCAUUCCAUGUUUGCUUGCUCGAAGAGACAGAACAGGUAAACUACCUAUCAGCACUUGAAGGCCAUGUUGAUGUCAUUAGGUUUUUGCUUCAAGAAUUCCCCCAAGCAGAGGAGCUGCUUGACAUGGCUGGUCGUAAUAUUCUACAUAUUGCUGUUCACAAAGGAAGAUAUAAUGUGGUCAAUUUUGUUCUCAAGGAUCCAAAUCUCAACUCCCUCAUAAACAUGAAAGAUGUAUCCGGAGACACGCCCCUGCAUAUCGCCAGCAAGGAUAAUCAUCCCAAGAUAGUCAGUACCUUAACCUGA